UCGGGUAUUUGCAAUUACUCAGAGAAUAUUAAUACAUUGGUGUUUAACAGCUGGGUAUGAAAAUUAGGUAUUGAUAUAUGAAACUCAAAUUUUAUUGCCAUCUAGAUCAUGGGAAUGAAUUCACAACUAUUAAGAUUCAACAGGAACCAGUUGCUGCAUCUACAUUUAAUACUUACAUGAAAAAGAGUUAUUCUAUUCCUUGUUGUAUGAAUACUCCCCCACAAGAUGUGUGCAGUCAAACAGUAAUUACAGAAUUAUUAGAUCAAAAAAGUAUGCCAUCUCAAUUAUCAAAGCACUCUCUUUCUGAACUUUAUGACAAUGAUCAUAAUAGUUAUAUUACAUCGUGUCAAUAUACCAGCAAUCAAUACAUGGAAAUUCAUCAUGAUCAAUCAACAAUACCUGAUACUUUUAAAUGUCAAUGUUUAAACGGAUUAGAAAUGCCAGAAAAGAUUUUAUCUUGUAUAGUAGCAAAUGAUUCAAAUUGUAAUAUGGAAAAAUCUGCAAAUUCUACAAUUAAUAUACAUGAUAAUUCCAAUAAGGAUACUAUUAACGAUAUUAACGACAAAAUUCAAAAUAUAUAUGAUAGAAAUAUAACAGCACGAUUAGAUGAUAGUAAUAAUGGUAAUAGCAUGCUAAAUCAGGCAAAAAAUCGUCCUUCUACUAUAGAUGCGUGUUGUAAGGAACAUUCAAAAUUUCAUUUUUGUACUGAUUCCAAAAUAAUAUCUGGUAUAGAAAACGUCGUCUCAAAUAAGGAAAUAAAACAAAUACAUUUAUACAAACAAAAUGAACAUAAACAUGUAUGGAAAAAUAGCAAUUACACAUAUUUGAGUGAUACUAUCAUGAAAUCAGUUGAAAAAAAUGCGGACAAUGUAUCAUGUCAGAAAGAAAAAAAUAUAGAGUUUGAUAAUUAUACGUCUGCUAAUAUAGAGACGUGUAAUGACUUACAGAAUAAUACAGAGUCUUCUUCAAGUGAUACUAUAAUAAUAACUUUUUCCAAACCAAAAUUUAAACAAAUUUUAUCGGAAAUCAAGGAACAUACAAGAAGUUUAGAAAAACAAAUAAAAAGUAUAAAUAAUAUAAUAGAAAAUAUAACAGUUUUAUCGGAACAAAAAGCUCAUUUAUCCUCAAAAAAAGAAAACUUCACAAUAUUUUAUGAAAAAAGAUAUACAUAUUCAAAUGAAUCACAAACAGAUGAAUUCGUCGAUAUAAAUAAAAGACAAAUAGAGAAAAAUAUGGAAGGAUCUAAUUUGUGUAAAUAUAUUAAAAAAUGUGCACUUUUCACAUCAUCUUUAACAGAAAAAUUUUCUAUCUAUCAAGAACCAAUUGCUACAUCUACAAAUGAGAAAUUAUUAGAAAAUGAUAAUACUGUCAAUCAUUGCAUGCGACAGCAAUGUUCAAUGUUCGAACAAAAUUCAUCAUAUGAAGAAGAAAAAAAAGAGUUUCCCACUACAGAAAUAAUAGCAGAUAUAGCAAAUCACAAACCUGACGAAAUUAAUACAAAAAGUGCACCUUAUAUGAAGCACAAAAUAGAGCAAGUACCCCUUUAUCAUUCACAUGACAAAAAUAUGUCGAAGUUUAAAACAAAUCAAAUGAAAUUAUCUGUCGAAUCGAAAACCAGAAAAAAUUAUUGUGAUCAGAUGGAUUGUAAUACUGCCAUUCCAUAUCAUUCCACAAUGAAAACUACAGUAUCUAAUCAUGAUACAAUUUACGGCUUAUAUUUAGAAACAGCUUAUACACAAUCAUCCAAUUUUCAAAUAGUUGCUGCUACGUCGGCAUCGUCUUUGAAAUUAAAUUCGAAUACCAUUGAAAGCAAUUAUCUCACUAAAUCUGAAAAAUCCACAUCUUCAAGAAACCUUAUCGAAAAAAGUAAUAAUAAAAUUUCUCCUGAUACAUUAGAUAUUUCUACGAUGGUAGACGAUGAUCUAAACCCAUCUAUUUCUAUUCAAUGUAUAACAAUUAAUUUGUCAAACUGCCAUGCUGAUCCACAUACUACUAAAAGAUACGAGUGUACGGAAUAUUUACGAGAAAGUGACAAAAAGAAAAAAAAAAAAAAUAAAAAAUUUAAAUUAAAAAAAAAUUAAGAUUUGUUUGCAUCAAGUAUAAUAAAUACAUAAACACCUUUUACUUUAUAAAGAUAUGGAGUAAAACUAUAUACUUUUUAUUAUAACUAAUCGAUCAGCAAUAUAGAAAGUAUAGUUAUUAUAAAUAUAAAAUUAAGUAACUUGUCUCACACAACUCCUAUCGCGUGAAUUUAUAAGUUAGGUAUCUAUUAAGCGUUAUAUAGAUUCACAGAUAAUUCAUUCCCAGAAUAAUAGAAUAAAAUAGUGUAAUCUUCAAACAAACUAAACAAAAUAAUACAGACUUUAACAUUCCACUUCAAAAUAAUGAUAAAAAAACCGUCCAAUCUUACUAUACUUUUAAUCACAAAUUCUAAUGAUGUUAUAAAGUAACAAUGAUGCAAACGAUAAUACUCAAUGAAGAAAAAUGAUUCAUAGUGUUCAUAGAUUAUAAGAACUAUCUUUAACAUAAUUAUUAUUGUAAACUGAACUGAUAUUAAAAUAAAUGCCAUUAUGUUCAACGAUAA